GCGGGCUCAGCUGCGGAGCUCUAGCAACAGCCAAUUCGAAGACUUACAAGAAAAUCACUCAAUAAAAACUGCAGCCCAAAAAAGCACUCCGGAAUCGGUAUCCACACACCGCCUCGAAGAUGCAAACCGCAAAGCAAUUCCUGAUGCUCGCCUCCGUCGCGCUGCUGAUGCUCGACCUGAGUGCAGCGCUGCCGACGAGACGACGAUCGACCAGCGAAACGACUGAAGAAGAGACGCCGCAACUGCAGCGGCGGCGAAUCGCCAGGAAAAUAGGAGGCCUCAACGUGACUUCGACGCCGGUGCAGUACAUGCGGUCCCUGUACGAAGAGUCUUACGAGCUGGAGAACGAGAAAACGAGGCAAACGGCAGGCAAGCCAACGGAUGUCUGGUGCUUCCCUGACAGAGAUAUCGCCAAAGAGAGCUAUCGAGAGAAACCAAUCAGAAACGCCAAGUGCACGACGUACACGCAGUAUAUGUUUCAGUGGAGCUCUGUGGAGGACCAGAUUGAGAGCCGUCUCCUGGACGUGGAGAGCAGCAUCCUCAGAACCUACGUACAGAUCAUCAGCAGGCACAUCGAAGAGGGAACAUCGGUCGACGUGAACAUCACAGUCUUCAUGGUACCUCGACAAAACUUCUCUUCCAACAGCAGCGUCAACAGCACAGACUUGAGCGAAGCUGUCAUCGCAGGGCAGCAAGUGCUGACGGUUAGGUCAGGCUCCGACGGAUGGGCAGAGUUUAACAUUACAGAGGGGACCCGGGAAAUCUGGCCCCUCAUACCCACCUACACUGAGGUCCAGGUCAUCAUCAAGGCAGAAGUGAACUGUGCCGAGCAGAAGAAAGUCCCGCUCAGCUUUGUAAACCCGGCCGAGAUCCCCCUGGAGCAAGAGAACCGGCGGGCACGUCACAUGGAUUUCCAGCCUCUCUUUGUCGUGUUUGCCAACAACAGGGAGACACAGGCGGUCCUAAACACCCCGGAGGACUCUGCCACUGGAGCAGGCCGCGGCAAUAACGAUUCCAUGUACAGAGACCUUGGCGAGGCACUAUUCGGCGACAGAGAAAAACGCUCGGCCGGCGAUGAAUGCUCCAUUGAAAGAUACGUGGUGAACCUCCACGACCUUGGCCUGACGUACAUCCUCGCACCCAUGACCCUCAACAUCUCGAAAUGUGCAGGCAACUGUAACAACCGCAACACCAUCAACAGACUCGGGACGAAUCACGCCAAGAUCAUGACAGCUAUCUACAACGCCGAGGUGAACACUGUUCCCUCCGUGGAGAUCACAGCCACACCGCCAUGCUGCGUACCAACAGAGUACAAAGUUGUCUAUUUCCUAAUGACUCCUCUAGAUGGGACAGCCGCAGGACUUAAGAGCCACAACCAUAUUGUGGCAACCAAGUGUGGGUGCAGAUGAGCUUCUACCCAGCAUCCACCAUAAAUCGACUUAGCAGCAACAUAUUACAUGUAAGGCUCCACGAUACCAUGAUCUGUCUUAGACACAGGAACAGUUUCUAUCCUCCAAGAUUUCACGCAAAUUUAUUCUCUCUCUGCAUCAAAAUCACUGCAGAAUAAUCAUAGAUCUCUUUUCUCAAAACUUAUUUUUCAAUGACACUGAUUAUAAUCAUCACUUUAUGAUAUAUGAUAUAUGAUAAUAUUUCAAUUAUUGUGCUUGUUUGUAGUGUGACUGCUAAAAGAUCAUAAUUAUUAUGAUAAUUGAUGGCAAAUAAGCAUUAUACGAUACCAAAAAAUGAAAAAGUUGUUGGAAAGUGGUUUGUGGGUGCUGGCCUACACCUCAUAAGGCAUGGCACAGGGUACAUUACCUCUCCUAUUCACAAUAGCUUACUUCCUUCAGAUAGGGUUCCAUGAAAAUAUAGAGCGAACUGCAUGUUUGCGACGCGCGCAUAAGGGCGUGCGCACGCA